CCAACAACUACCACAGGAACCACAACUCUAUUGACGACCACUUCUCCAUCAACUCUCACUAGCACCACAAUGCCUCCAACAACAAUCAGCACAAACUCUGUUCCAACAACCGUUCCAUCAACCACCACAAUAAUCAUUUCCCCUUCCACAUCUACUUCUUCAGCAACUACAGCCAGCACUACCAUGUCCUCAGGAACCAUCACUACAAGCUCUGUUCCAACAAUCUCAUCUGCAACAACAGAAACAACUACUUUGUCUUCUCUGACAUCUACAGUCCCAACUACAACAAUGACUAUCACAGAAAGCACUGGGACUUCUACAACCACGUCUUCAUCAACUACGACUAGCACUACAGUCCCUCCAACAACAACCAUCACCACAAACACUGGUGUAACAAACUCUCCAUCAACUACCCUAAUAAUCACCUCCCCUUCCACAGCCACUUCUCCAACGACUACAGCCAGCACUACCAUGCCUUUAGCAACCAUCACUACAAGCUCUGGUCCAACAACCGCAUCUGCAAAAACAGUAAUCACCACUUCCUCUUCAGUAACAUCUACAGUCCCAACCACAACAAUUAUCUCACCACAAACAACAACCACAAUAACCACCUCCCCUUCCACAACCACAUCUUCAGUAACUACAAGCAGCACCACCAUGCCUCCAACAACCAUCUCUUCAACCGCCAACCCAACAACCUUAUCUGCAACAACAUCAACUGAAGCAACUUCCUCUUCCCAAACAUUUACAUCCCCACUCACAACAAACACCUCCCCAACAACUACCACUCAGUCGACAACCACUCCUCCAUCAACUCUCACUAGCACCACAAUGUCUCCAACAACAAUCACAACAAACUCUGUUCCAACAACUGUUCCAUCAAUGGCCACAAUAAUCAUUUCCCCUUCCACAUCUACUUCUUCAGCAACUACAGCCAGCACUACCAUUCCCUCAGCAACCAUGACUACAAGCUCUGGUCCAACAACCUUGUCUGAGAAAACAGCAAUCACAACUUCUUCUACACACCACGAUGCCUCCGACAACAAUCAGCACAAACUCUGUUCCAACAACCGUUCCAUCAACCACCACAAUAAUCAUUUCCCCUUCCACAUCUACUUCUUCAGCAACUACAGCCAGCACUACCAUAUCAUCAAGAACGAUCACUAUCAGCUCUGUUCCAACAACCUCGUCUGCAACAACAGAAACAUCUACUUCCUUUUCUCUGACGUCUACAGUCCCAACUACAACAAUGACGUUACCAAUAACAACUAUCACAGAAACCACUUCUCCAACGACUACAGCCAGCACUACCAUGCCUUUAGCAACCAUCACUACAAGCUCUGGUCCAACAACCGCAUCUGCAAAAACAGUAAUCACCACUUUCUUUACAGUAACAUCUACAGUCCCAACCACAACAGAUAUCUCACCACAAACAACAACCACAUCUUCAGUAACUACAAUCAGCAUCACCAUGCCUCCAACAACCAUCUCUACAACCCCAAAUCCAACAACCUUAUCUGCAACAACAUCAACUGA